AUGUCCAAAGUGAACAGCGGUUCCUCCGGCUGUCGGGCCGUGGUGAUGGCAGGAAAGUACCUGUCGAGCCCCUCUCCUCCGGCGCUGACCCGGAGCUCCGGCCGGCAGCAGCGGAAGAUGUUCAACCCGCAGCGCCGAAUGGUGAGCUCUGACGCGGCAGGCACGGCAGGAAAACCCGCGGCUUUGGCCCAGCUGGAGCACCCGGGCUGCUUCUCCGCCGCGGACCGACAUGUGCUGGCGAACCGGAGUCUGAUUUACCGGGAUGUGAAGGCGUUUCUCAACGAGGUCGGUGGGGACCCCCGGGAGGCUCGGUACUGGCUGACCCAGUUCCAGAGAGCGACUUCGGCCCAGUGUCCUGCCUUUGCUGUGCUGGAGGUGGACAGCUCAGCGUUCGACAGCAGGGAAAUGGUUCACAGCCUGGCCUUCGGGCUCUCCUUCCUGCAGCGGAUGGAUAUGAAGCCUGUGGUUGUCGUGGGCCAAUCUGAGCACCGGGAGACGGGGACCGCCGGACCGGAGGCCGGGUCUCGGUGCGGCCGGCAGCUGGUGGAGCGCUGCCAGCAGCUGACCCAGGCUCUGCAGCAGGCCUCGGCCACCGUCCUGCCGUUCUUCUCGGCGGAGUCCUUCCUCCUGCUGCACGAAGCGCCGCGAGGGAGCAGCGCUCCACCCUCCAUCGCAGUGGACACCAGCCUCCUACAGUGGAGUCUCGACUGCGGGACAAUCCCGUUGGUCUGUCCGGUGGGAAGGAACGAACGCGGUUGCUCGGUAACGCUGGACCAGACCGAGGUGACGGCGGCCAUUUGCCGAGCCCUGCAGCCCCACAAAGUCAUGUUCCUGAACAACUCCGGAGGCCUGCGCAGCCACGAACACAAGGUGCUGGACACGGUGUCGUUGCCCACCGACCUGCCCGGUCUGUCCGUGGCGGUGUGGCUGAGCGCAGCAGAGCGCCGCAGAGUGACCACCAUCGCCAGACUGCUCAAUCAGCUGCCCACCGAGUCCUCUGCUGUGAUCACCUCGGCAGACACCCUGCUGACCGAGCUGUUCAGCCACCGGGGUUCUGGGACGCUCUUUAAAAACGGAGACCCCAUACACCGGUACACGUCUCUGGAUGAGAUCAAUGUGGAGCGUCUGCUGGCUCUCAUCAACAAGUCAUUUGAUAAAACCCUGAGGCAAGACUACAUUGACUCUUUGAAAGGACGGCUGCACUCCGUCUACCUCUCUGAAGGGUACAGCGCAGCAGCCAUCAUCACCAUGGAGCCAGUGAACAGCGGCACGCCUUACCUCGAUAAGUUUGUGGUGAGCAGCAGUAAGCAGGGCCAGGGCACCAGUCACAUCCUGUGGGAGUGUAUCAGGCAGGACCUGGGCAAACUGUUUUGGAGGUCCAGAGCUACCAACCGGAUCAACCCCUGGUACUUUAAACAUUGUGACGGCAGCUUUGUUAAUGGGGUGUGGACCAUCUUCUGGUUCGGCUUGACUGACAUCAGAGAUUCCUAUGUACUGGUGGAGUACGCCAAAAACCUGCCCGACUCGUUCCACAGCUCCGCUCUCGCCUCCUCCCAGCAGCCUGCUUCACCUGCUGCAGGAUCCUGAACCGCCUGAUUCCUAACAACUGGUCACGUAGCUCUUAAACUUUGGAGAAUUGUUGCCACUGUUUUGUUCUUUUCUUUUCUUUUCUUUCUUUUUAGCUUUAAGCCAGUGGAGUUUCUCUUAGUUCAUUGAUAUUGUUUUCUCAUUGUUGCUGUGUUUUUUUUCCCCCCUCAGGCUUUUUUUUUCUCUUAACUUGAAUCCAGAAGGUACACCAUUUGGAAGAAUUUCACAUAUGACAAACUAUAAAUUACACUCUAUUUUUAGAGUGGGCUUUAGCUCUUGGCAUUGCUAUGAUACAGGGCUCAGGGUUUGCACUUUGCUAAAGAACACCGACGAUGUGAACAUGCUAAGGUUGCUUGAUUUUCAAAGACAACCUCUACCUCAAACUACACCGUUAUCUUGUAAUGUGGACCAGAAAAACCAGAAAUACAGCCAGAUCCUGUGUAGCCUCCAGAUCAGGUGCUAUUAAACGGGGCAUUUUGUUAAUUUUGCACAUGGGAGAGGUCUGUUUACUUGUCAUUAAGAAUCCUCUUCAAACUGUGGAAAUAUUUAGACUUUUUUCUGCACCGCUGAAGAUUUCCGAUCUUUGCAAACAGACCCUGAUGAUGUCUUACGUGAAUUAAUCAGGGUUAUCGUACUUUCCUGUUGUUUUAAAACAUAAAGCCUUCUUUAAAAAAACUAAAAACAUGGGGUAGGAGUAAAGAAGUGUCAAAGAAAGACUUGAUCUAUGGGAAAUGUCAGAUUCAGCAUUGCAAAAGGCUCAAAUAUUUCAAGAUAUCAUUUCUGCUUCUGUGAUUUUAACCAUUCCUUUUUUA